AUGAACACGCCGUGGUGUCAUCUCCCUAUAGACGUGCAGUGUCGGGUGUUCGAUUACCUUUCGUUGGAUGAAAUCGCCGUUGUUCUACCGUUAUUUCCGCAUGAGCUAGACCUAGUCAAGAAUGCUUUGCACCAUAGGGUUGGCAAACGACAUAUGGUGGUGACAAACCGCCAGUGGCUGCCGAUGCUGCUUGAGCUGUAUACGCCUGAGUUUUUUUCUCGGGCCGAUUUCGAGUACGUGGAGCCCCAAUGCGUGGUACGCUUGUUGAAUACUGUGGGGACAGAUAAGCUCGUUACGGUACUGUUUGUGAUCUGGCACCUGUUUGACGUGAGCGACCUUUUGCUGCUAUUGGAGGAGCUUCCCGAGGGGCCGAGGUAUAAUAUUGAGCUUGAGUUUGAGCCCAAUGUGCCUCAUGUGUAUGAUUUGUCGAUGGUGGUGAAUGAACUACAUAAGGCUUUGGGUCUGGGACUCAGGGCUUUGGCUGUGAAGAACUUUGGUGGCGAUUUGCAGCUCGAUAUGCACAAAUUGGAAGCUUUGGAGGCACUUCUGCUUAUCAAUACCAACGUUACUUUCACUACGUUGUUUGAUAAGAGCGUUAAUCUUCGUACAUUCACUUUGCAUCCUAAUUGCGAUGGUUUUGCCCGCAACCACCCGGCUGAAUUGGGCCAGCUGCUUCCUUUGAACGUGGAAAAGCUUCGUUUGGGCCAGUGCGUUGUGGUGGACUCUUCUCUUGGUUAUAAGUUGCCUAAGAACGUCACUGACUUGUCGUUAUUCAUUGUCAGAGACUCUACGAUGAAGUACUUGCCCACGAUGAUUGAAAGCAGUCUGUGUUUCCGUACAUCGUUUGUCUACCAGUCUGGUUUGGCCGAGUGCUCCAUUCAUGCCAACUAUACUCACAUUCUGUGGCUCUUGGAGAAGGAGAAGCAUCUCAAAACAGUGGCUCUUACAAGCAUAAAGAACGAUAGUGGUGUGUGGGAUUUGCUGAAGUACGAGCUGCUACACAGUAUAAAGAUAUCCAAGAGUAACUUGCAGCUGAUUGAUUUACCGCCCCAUGUCUUGCAUUUGGACCUUUCUGGUAACAAUAUGACCGAUAUUGUCGAGACAGUGUUAAUGAAGGUUCCACCAAAGUUACUCAGCUUGGACGUUUCGGGGAAUCUUCCCAACUGGACCCCAUAUCAGCAUGUUCAGUUUCCUGAACACCUCGUUGAGCUCGGCCUAGCGAACUGUAACAUUGGCAACCAGAUUGACAUUUUCCAAUUUCCAGCAUCCUUGGAGAAACUAGACCUUGAGUCGAACAGUAUAGAGCAGCUUGAAUACGCCAACUUUCCCAAUUUCACAAAACCACUCGAACUAAGGUUGGCACGCAAUGUGAUCAGAGACUUGCAAAGGAUGAGAUUUCCCAAGAACACUACAAAGCUUAUGUUAUGCGAGAAUAGCAUCAAUGGUCCCGUUGAUUUCUCCCUGGAUAUGUUUGGAGAGCCUACACAGAUUGAAUGGCUACUGCUCAGCAACACCAAAAUCGAAUCCCUUGCUGAUAUACGGUUACCUCAUACGUUACGUAUUCUUGAAAUGGAUCGUUGCCGGGUGCGGAACCUUGAGAAUGUGCUUUUCCCAGCAUCUUUACAAGAGAUCAAUCUCACAGGUAGUAAGAUCCAGAACAUCAACAACGUCACUUUUGAGGAAGACUCUCGUCUUGUUCACAUCAACUUGACACACAAUCGUAUCGACGCAGACAAUCUUCGAAGAUUGAGGCUCCCCUCGGGAACAAAGCUGCUUUACCUCGGCUGGAACCGAAUCGAAAGCAUCCCCAAGGACUACCUCUUACAGUUUACCGAUCUUCGAAGCUUCAGCGUGCCAUCCAACAGGCUCAGACGAGUGGCUCUCCAAGUGCCUGCCAGCACAAGAAUGUUGGACUUUUCAAAGAACAGAAUAAAGGAUAUAAAGUUACAGUUUCCCAAAGGUUCAUUCACUAGGCUUGGGGCGAUCAACUUGCUGCGUAACAUGUUGACCCACAUUGAUCCAGGCAUGCUUGGCCACGGCAACGGGUCUUACCAUCAAAAUCUCAUUGAAAUUGAUGUUUCAGAAAACAGGUUCAGAGACGGGUUCAACCUUGGACUGUUCCCCAGUCUGCUUUCUUGUGUCUUCCUAAAUGGGCUGGGACUCAUGGACGGAUACGGCUACGACAUUGGCGCCAACAUAUUGGGCCACAGCUACUGUAUGGGCAAAAGAAUCGAAACGUGA